GUGAGAAUGGAAAGAAAUAUAAAAAAAUUAAUUUUUAGUCAAAAUUUUGGAAAAAUUUCAAAAUCAAAAAAAAAUUUUAAGGAGAAUGUUUCCAGUUCUUCGUUGUCGACUUUUUGGCACACUUCCCGGUUUUCUUUACCUCGUCUAUCUUGAUCUAGUUCCAGUUGAAAAAGAACAUCGUUUUCGUUAUGCCUGUAAGUUUGGAUGA